GGGGAGGGAGAGGGCGGAAGUUCCCCGCAGGCCUUGGGGAGGACGCGCGCACCGGGAGUCACUUGUCAGCGCUCUACUGAGGCGGAGGCAUCGCGGUGCCGGUCCGGAGUUUCUUGCAUUUUCUGGCCUUGGACUUUGAGCCAUUAGAACCAUGAGCAACUACAGUGUGUCCUUGGUUGGCCCAGCUCCUUGGGGUUUCCGGCUGCAAGGUGGCAAGGAUUUCAACAUGCCUCUGACAAUCUCUAGUCUAAAAGAUGGCGGCAAGGCCUUCCAGGCCAAUGUAAGAAUAGGCGAUGUGGUCCUCAGCAUUGAUGGAAUAAGCGCCCAUGGAAUGACUCAUCUCGAGGCCCAGAACAAGAUUAAAGGUUGUACCGGCUCUUUGAAUAUGACUCUGCAAAGAGCAUCUGCAACACCCAAGCCUGAACCAGCUUCUGUUCCAAAGCCCACAGUCACCAGCGUGUGUUCCGAGACUGCUCACGAGCUAGCAGAGGGACAGAGAAGAGGAUCCCAGGGUGACAUUAAGCAACAAAAUGGUAAUCCUGGCACUGUGAAAACCCCACCUAAACGGCCACCAAGAAAACACAUUGUGGAGCGUAAUACAGAGUUUUAUCACAUACCCACUCAUAGUGAUGCCAGCAAGAAGAGACUGAUUGAGGAUACUGAAGACUGGCGCCCAAGGACUGGAACAACUCAGUCUCGCUCUUUCCGAAUCCUUGCCCAGAUCACUGGGACUGAACAUAUGAAAGAAUCUGAAGCUGAUAAUGCAAAGAAGGCAAAGUUUGACAGUUCUCUAGAAGAUCUACCCAAGAGUGAACCCCACCCACCUGCAACUCCUCAGGUGUUAAAUAUUGGUAGACAAGUAGCCACCCUUCUUAAAGUAGCAACUACAUGUCCUAGUUUAAGCAGCUCCACAAGAUAUGUAGAAGGUUCUUUGGAAGGUUCUCGAAAUUUUUCCUCCUUCUCCUCUCCUGCUAGAUACAGUGCUGCAGCUCUGAGCAGUGCAGCUGCUACCGUGUCUGCUGUCAUUGCUGCAAAAACCAGGCUCUCCAGUCCUGAAAACUAUUGCUCUCUGCUGGAUGCACUUUGCAUCAGCCCUGUUUUCAAGCCUCUAGCUUUUUCCCAUCUCCAGUCCUGCAGGAGAUCCACCAGCUCUGUCCAUGUUAAGCAAACAAGUAAUUCUCAGGAGCCUUCUCAGCAAUUGGCUUCAUCAGCAGCUUCAACUCGGAGCAUGCCGGAGACUCUGGAAAGCCCGAGCUCCAGCAGGCCAGGGGUGGCCAGCCUCACAACUGCUGCUGCCUUCAAGCCCGUAGGAUCCACCAAUGUCAUCAAGUCACCAAGCUGGCAACGGCCAAACCAAGCAGCACCUUCCAUUGGAAGAAUCUCAAACAGUGGGACUCCCUCAGGAGCAGGAGCACCAGCCAACUCCACUGUGGGGCAGCCCCAGCCAAGUGACCAGGAUACUUUAGUGCAGAGAGCUGAGCACAUUCCUGCUGGGAAAAGAACUCCAAUGUGUGCCCACUGUAAUCAGGUCAUCAGGGGACCAUUCCUAGUAGCACUGGGGAAAUCUUGGCACCCAGAAGAAUUUAACUGCGCUCACUGCAAAAAUACGAUGGCCUACAUUGGAUUUGUAGAGGAGAAAGGAGCACUGUAUUGUGAGCUCUGCUAUGAGAAAUUCUUUGCUCCGGAAUGUGGUCGAUGCCAAAGGAAGAUCCUUGGAGAAGUUAUCAAUGCUUUGAAGCAAACUUGGCAUGUUUCCUGUUUUGUGUGUGUGGCCUGUGGAAAACCCAUUCGUAAUAAUGUUUUUCACUUGGAGGAUGGGGAGCCCUAUUGUGAGACUGAUUAUUAUGCCCUUUUUGGUACUAUAUGCCGUGGAUGUGAAUUUCCCAUAGAAGCUGGUGACAUGUUCCUGGAAGCUCUGGGCUAUACCUGGCAUGACACUUGCUUUGUAUGCUCAGUCUGUUGUGAAAGUUUGGAAGGUCAGACAUUUUUCUCCAAAAAGGACAAGCCACUUUGCAAGAAACAUGCACAUUCUGUGAAUUUUUGAAAGUCAACAGUUCAGGGAAAGAGAAGAAAUCGAAAAGAAAGAAGAGAAUUGAAAUUACCAAUUAAUCUUUAGAUUCAAUAUUUAUUUGGAGUUUUGAAAAAUAAUAGUGUCCCUGAAGGGAUAAAUUUCAGCAUUAAAAAUAUUUGGCUUCAUAAAGUAAAGAGAUAGUUUGACAUUUGUUAUUACUUUUUCCUGUAUUUUAUGCCCAUAAAAUAACCUUUAUAAAAAUCAAUUUCCUGGAUGACUAUAUCUUUGAGUAAAUUAGCAAAAAAUUAAAUUUUAGAUUAAUAACUCCAAUCUCUAUGCUGAAAUAAUUAUACUUUUCUUUCCUUGCUAGGUAAUUAUGAGUAAACUGUAAAAUGCAAUGAAAAUGCCUAAAAGUUUAUUAAUAAGAGAAUUGUUCUUUUGAAAAAUCUAGUGUUUAUCUUUAAAACAGUGAAUGAGAGUUUAAACAGAACUUUUAUCAGUAGGAGAUGUCAGUUUAAAAAAAAAAGUGUACUUUUUGUUGUUUGUUUAUUCUUAGACAGUUGAUCAUUCUAGUCGGAAAAGCCAAUGAUAUUUUGGAUGUGUCAAGCCUUUCUUCUCUUACCCCCCUCCAAAAAGCUGCCAUAUCUCUUAUAAAAUCUCAAAUUUUUGCCUUGUAUUAAAAUGUGAUUAUUUCUACUCAUUGUGUAUGCUUCAUCACCUGUAUUAGCCAAACCCUGCUGUUUCCCUUCCCUCGUAGUGAGAUAAAGAACAUAGUUUUCUUUAAAGAGAAAACAGAAAAGACUAUGGUUAGGAAUUAUGGCAGCUGAGAGGAUCGGACCUAAAAAAGCAAACAAAAAAGCACUACUGCCCCCUUUUCAGAGUUGUACCACUGACUGAAGUUUUGAGAGCUGUCUUUGCAGAAGUUUAUGUUUUGUUUUGUUUAAUUUUAACUUAGAAUUGGCUUGGGAUAAUAGUAAGCUCUAGAUUUUUUUUUCGUAGUUUUCUCUCAAUAAUAAGCAAACCACUUCAAAUGUGAUCACAAAAAGUGGAAAGCUUUUAUUCACAGAGAUUUGGUAGUAUAGGAGAGGGAGGUGAUUAAUUACUCAGAUUGACCUUUUUGUUUUCCUCAUUUGUGCAAAGAAUCGUGUAGAUACCACAUGGAAACACAGAAACAAUUGUAAAACUGUGGAUCCUGUUGAUAUUUGCCCAGUGAGAAAACAGAUUAUGGCAUUUGAUAGUUUUUCUCUUUGUUUCUAGAAUGGAUGAAAGCCUAUGAACCCACUGAGUUAUAAUUUAAAUCUGUGUGAGGCAAGGUGCUUUUAAAGUCCAGACAGAGUCCCCAAGCCCUUCCUGCCCCAUCACUCACUAAUGACUUCAAUUCCAUUGUGUGUAUGUUUGUUAUAGAGGAGGUUUUAGGCUACACUAUUUGUUUAACCUCCCUAAGAACUUUCAAGGCAUCUGUCCUGAAAGCUGCUAAUACAUGGUCUAGCAGAUUUAUAUUAUAUGCAGAUAAUAAUUAACUGGGGAUAAAAGAAUAGGAGGGGGUGACACAAAGUGGCAAAUUGAAUACUUCCCCAGUAGCAACUCCAAACUACCUCCUCACCCUGCAUCUUGUAGGGAAGGGGACGCUUCUUUUGAGAUGAAGUGCUGGAGCUGAAUUGUGCAUUAGAUCUCAUUGCUGCUGAAGUUGCCUAUGGGCAACUUGCUGGCUAAUGUGCAUCCUUACAUAUCUUAAUGUCAGUCUUUGCUUUAUACAAUACAAAGUUGGUUGUUUUGUUUGGUAUGAUGGAGUAUUUUUGUUGUUUAGUUUUGCCUUUAUAGAUUGAAUGCCAAGAUAGUAUUUUAUAAGUGAAAGGCAUUGGGUUUUUUUCUUUAAAGAAUUUUAUUUGACCUGGAUUUCUUAUAAAGCUGUCUUUCUCUAAGGCUAUCAUUAGACUUUUCUACAUAUAUUCUUCAUGGAGCAUAAUGUUGCAUGUCUCCAAAUUUUAAUGCCUAAAAAGAUAGUUUGCUUUCUUUUUUUUUUUUUUUUUUUUUGUGCUCUGUCUCUGGUGUUACAGAGCUUUUUAUAUGUUCCUAAGACAGUUAAUCCUGUGAAAUAAAUAUUGCCCAAAACCCAGAAGAAUCUCUGUGUUUUACAGUGGGGAAUGCCAUGUUUAAUUCACCAGCAUUAAUUUUCUAAUAACUGGCUGAGCACUUUAUUCUUCUGGUGAGCUUUCUGAAUAUUUAUUUUUCUGAUUAUAAAUAUUCUGUGUCAGUAGCAUUUUUAUUAUUACUUCUUCACUGUAGAGCAUUGACUUUUCAUCUCCCUAGAUGUAUAUUUUGAAAUAAUAUACUUGGUAAAACACAGAUGAAAAUCAUAUAGUACAUGACUCUAAAAACUCCUCUACUUGAAUCUCCCACUUUAAAAUUUUAGUAAUGGCUUAAGAUUCAUAAUAUUUCUCUAAACUUGCAAGGGAUAAAUAUUGCCCACUGAAAUAGCAAUCUAAAAAUGAUCCCCUCUGCUUUAGGUUAUAGUGACAUAUAUAUUUCCUAUUAAGGUUACAUUUAGAGUUUUGGUUUUUGUUUGUUUUUCAUGUUGUGCUAGGUAUCAAACCUAGAGCCUCACACAUGCUAAGUCAGCACUCUGCCUCUGAGAUACAUCCCCAGCUCUUUUUGUUUUUAUUCUGAGACAGGAUUCUCAUUCAGGCUGUCUUAAACUUGAGGUCUUCCUGCCUCGGCCUCCCAAGUAGUUGGGAUUACAGGUGUGUACAAUAUUUAGAGUUUAGAACUAAAACCUAUUUAUUUGGUCACGAGUGUUAAAACAAAUAGAACUAACAGUUUAAAUCUGCAAAAUACUAGUGUAGCCUUAUGUUUAAAAUUAUCCACAACAAAAAUAUAUGAUUUUCAAGGAGUAGUAUAUUAGAAGCACUUUCAUAGGAAAUAAUUUCUUCCUUCCCCUUGUUGAGUGUGAAUCCAAAAACAUAUUGAUACUUUGUGGCAUUUGGAGUUUAGUCAUUGAAGGGAAGAGGAAACAUACUGAGUAGUUUUACACAAAUCUAACCUGGCUUCAAUUUGUCUCCCUCACCCCUAAAUGUUGAAAGAUGUCUGAUUUGAAUUCUUUAUGUAUUAAUUAUCUAUUAAUCUCUAUCUUCUGUUUCUUUAAAUUUUAAAGUUUGUAUAUACGUGCUCUUUUGCUUUUGGAUACAUUUUCUAAUUAAAAAAUCACAUGAGAAAUAUAAUCAGUAUAGUAAUACUUUAAUGUGCACAUAUUCAAUAAAUAAAUGCCUUCAACGGUAUACACAA